GUGAGAAUUCAGAACGCGACCAGUACGGACGUGCACGGCUCUGGUGACCACGCGGUGUGAUAUUAUAAUUAGUGUCGGUUAGAUCAUCCCCGUAAAAGCUUUAGGGAUCAAUUUGGAACAUAUAUAUCUAACUAUAUGAUUCAAAGCAUCAUUAUUGCAUCGAAAUGCUUCGUCGACUAACGUUUUGGUGCGUGAUAGUGUUGUUCAUCUGUAGGUGGCAAACAUCUAUGGCUCAGUUACCUGGAGUACAAAGUAUCAUACAAUUCUACCGGGACGGCGAUGAACGUUUGAAGUAUGAAAAGCCCGAUCAGCGACCCUUGUUGCCCGAGUACGAUUUCAUCAUUGUUGGUGGUGGAUCUGCCGGCUGUGUUUUGGCAAACCGACUCACAGAAAUAUCCCAUUGGUCGGUGCUGCUGAUCGAAGCUGGACCGCGCGAGAACCUUUUGAUGGAUAUACCGAUAUUUGCCCAUUAUCUACAGGGAUUAAGUAUCAAUUGGGACUAUCGUACGAAGUCAAGCGAUCAGUGCUGUUUGGCGUUUAAGAACAAUCAAUGCCGCCUUCCUCGGGGCAAAGUGAUGGGCGGCUCAAGCGUUCUUAACUACAUGAUCUACACCCGCGGUAAUCGCCGAGACUAUGAUGCGUGGGCAGCAAAAGGAAAUGCUGGCUGGUCCUUCAAUGAUGUGUUGCCGUACUUCCAAAAGCUUGAGAAAAAUAUCGUUCCUGACUCUCACCCUAUGUACGCUGGUCGCAAUGGCCCCGUCACGAUAUCAUAUCCCAGCUAUCGCACCAGCGUGGCUCGCGCGUUUGUGAAAGCAAACAUGGAAUUAGGCCUGCCCUACGUUGACUAUAACGGACCCAGCCAGAUCGGAACAUCCUUUAUUCAAAGCACCACGAAGAAUGGCCAGCGUGUAUCCUCCAACAACGCCUAUCUUUACCCGAUACGAAACCGAACCAAUUUGCAUAUUAUUCGAAACGCUCACGUCACAAAGAUUCUGCUCAAUCGUGAUACGAAGAGGGCCACAGGUGUUCAGUUCUAUGCGAACCAUCGCUAUCAAAAGGUUCGUGCUCGUCGUGAAGUGAUUGUUUCCGCUGGGGCUAUAGGUUCGCCACACCUGCUCAUGCUGUCCGGUAUCGGUCCGGCCAAGCAUCUACGCCUGAAAGGUAUACAGCCCUUGGCAAAUCUUGCCGUCGGGUUUAACUUUCAAGAUCAUGUGGCGGGUGGAGCAUUAACGUUUCUCAUCAAUCACACGGAAACGCUCACUUCCAAACGCAUGUUCACAUUGGAAAGUUUUAUGGAAUACGAACACCAACACACAGGUAUGAUGGCGUCGACUGGAGCGUGUGAGGCGAUCAGUUUUCACGACACAACUCAACCACCCAAUCGCGCCAACGAAGCUGGUUGGCCCGAUCUGGAACUGCUAUUAAUCGGAGGCACACACGCAGCCGAUCGUAUUUACGAAUCCAACUUUAACUACAAACCGGAAACUUUUAACGCCCUGUUCGGUGAUAUUGAGCGACGCGGACUGGAGGGAUACACAGUAUUCCCGAUGAUUUUACGACCUCGCAGCAAGGGUCGAAUACGUUUGGCCAGUGCUGAUCCCUUUGAGCAUCCGAUUAUUCAACCUAACUACCUCGGAGAUCCGUAUGACUUGGAGGUUUCUGUGCGUGGGAUCCGUAAGGCGAUUGAGCUCACGAAAACUAACACGCUCAAAAGUUUCGAUGCUCGGUUGCUCGACAUUCCGAUACCGGGGUGUGAGCAGCACAGAUUUGACACCGACGAUUACUGGAAGUGCUUUACGCGACACGUGACGUACACGAUCUACCACCACGUGGGUACGUGUAAGAUGGGCCCGGCAAGUGAUAGGCUGGCGGUGGUAGAUCCCCGUCUGCGCGUGCACGGUGUGAAGGGAUUACGGGUGAUCGAUGCUAGCGUUAUGCCGGAUAUUCCGGCGGCUCAUACCAACGGGCCAACAAUCAUGAUUGCUGAAAAGGGUGCCGAUAUGAUCAAGGAAGAUUGGAACUUGUAAGGAAUUGUUGCAAUAAAAAUUGUGUUACUAUCCUAGCCUGUGCAGAAUUAUACAUUGUCUUUCGCGGUUUACAACCAACCGGUGAGCCACAUAGCAUUUUGAAAAGAUUAUAUGCUGCGUCUAAGUAAAAUACCCAAUGCCUAAUACCGGUGCAAUUGAAGCAGUUAGUUCAUCGAUUACGAUCAUAAA